AUGGUUCCUGCCCACGUCGAUGGCGUUCGCAUCGCCUCGCAUCGUUCGCUUGUCCGCGACAGUCCUGAUUUCGAGUACAUCCUCAGCAUGGUUGUGGGCAACGCCGACCUCCGCACCAGCACGGCCACGUGGCUCGCUGCCCCGUCUUUACCCCAACCGGCAAGACUCUCACAUGCGGGCCAUACACUUGCCGAGUCCAGCAAAGCCACGAUGAUCAGAGGGCUCAGCAAGACUGUGACCAGAGGGAUGCUCAUGUGGAGCCUCCACGCCGAUCGCGACCCAGCGAUGCCGUGGCUGGAGGUCCAUUUGGCCCUGGCCAGCCAGAGGGCAUUUCUUGCCCCCAACUCAGCCCGUUUCCUCCUCCCCCGGAUCAAGACGAGGGACCGCCUUGCGGCAAGAUUCCAGCUAGUGGAUCAAUUCAUGGCCGAUUUCCCUGGUGCUGAACUGCCCAGUUUCCACAGCCCGGACUCUCCAGGCAAUGAAAGCUGA